AUGGCGGCGGCCCCUUCAGAAGCGGCGGCUCCGCCCUUGCCCAAGAUGGCCGCCCCCCUCCGGCGCCCCGCCCGCGCGCCUCGGCGGCUUCACUUCCGGAGCGGCCUCCUCCAGGCGCUGAUUGGAGGGAAGGGGACGCGGUUCCCGCGCUCCGAUUGGGCAGCGGAGAGGGACCCGGAAAAAAAGAGGCCCCAGCGAUACUGGGAAGGAGAAGUCAGCAAACCCGAACCCAAGCGGGUGGAAGACGCUCCAGUCACCAAGACACCCCGCCAGGAUGGGGGCCCUGUGGAGAAGAAGAAGAAGAAGUCGGCACCUGGCGGCAGGGGCGGGAUUUCAGGGGAGGAGGAUCCGUUUCCCGGUGCAGCCCCCGUCCCCCGCGAGCGAGUGCAGAAGUUCCAUCGAGGGACCAAGGGCCAGGGGAAGGCACCCGGCAAGAAGCUCCUGCCCCAGCUGGCCCUGCAGGAGGAGAAGGCCGAGGCGGCGGCCAAGCAAGCAGCUCGGAUGGAUCUGCUGCUCCUGGAGGAGCCUGGCUUCCUGGAGGGCGAAGAGGGGGAGGACACCUGCACCAUCAGCCAAGCAGACAUCGCCGACGCCGUGGACCUGGCUGCCGGCGCCAAGCGCUUCGAGCUGCGACUGGACCAGUUUGGCCCCUACCGAGUGAGCUACACGCGAAACGGCAGGCACCUUCUGCUGGGGGGGCGCCGGGGCCACGUGGCAGCCCUGGACUGGCACACGAAGGCCUUGAUGUGCGAGAUCAACGUCAUGGAGACCGUCACGGACCUGACGUGGCUGCACACAGAGACGAUGUUUGCCGUGGCCCAGCGCCAGUGGCUCUACGUGUACGACAACCAAGGCGUGGAGCUGAACUGCCUGAAGCGCUUCCACAAGGUCCAGCGGAUGGAGUUCCUGCCCUACCACUUCUUGCUGGCCACGGCGAGCGAGACGGGCUUCCUCCAGUACCUGGACAUCUCGGUGGGCAAGGAGGUGGCCACCAUCUGCACCAAGGGGGGGCGCCUUGGCGUCAUGGCCCAGAACCCCUCCAACGCCAUCGUCCACCUGGGGCACAGCAACGGCACGGUGACACUGUGGAGCCCCAAUGUCAAGGAGCCCUUGGUGCGAAUGCUGUGCCACCGCGGGGCCGUGAGGGCUGUGGCAGUCGACCCCUCCGGCACGUACAUGGCGACCUCCGGGCUGGAUCGGAAGCUCCACAUCUACGACCUGCGGGCGUAUCGGCGCCUUCACUCCCUGCUGCUGCCCAUGGGGGCCGGACACCUGGACUUCAGCCAGAGGGGGCUCCUGGGGGCUGCUUGUCAAGAGGUGGUCCAGGUCUACAAGGACAUUUUGGUCUGCCCAUCCUCCAAACCUUACAUCUGCCACACCCUGCCCCGCCCUGCCCACGGCCUGCGCUUCUGUCCUUUUGAGGACGUCCUGGGAGUUGGUCACGAAGAGGGCUUUGCCAGCCUCCUUGUGCCAGGAGCCGGGGAGCCCAACUUCGAUGCCCUGGAGAGUAACCCCUUCCGGAGCCGGAAGCAGCGGCAGGAGUGGGAGGUCAAGGCCUUACUGGAGAAGAUUCCGGCAGAGCUGAUCUCACUCGAUCCAGGACAACUGGGGACCAUGGACACCGUCUCUCCAGAGCAGCAGCGCCAAGAGAAGGCGGCAAGGCUGGGCUAUGACCCGCAGGCCAAGGGCAAGUUCUCUCCCCGGCGGCGGCUGAAGGGGCGGGACUCGGCUGGCGGCCGGCUAAAGCGCAAACAGAAGGUGGCUGCCGAGGAGCAACGGGCUGCCAUCCGGAAGAGCCUGGCCCAGAAGAGCCAGGCCCGGGAACAAAGGAGCCUGCGAGAGGCGGUCCCUGCUACUCAGCGGUCAGCGUUGGAUCGCUUUCGGAAAUAG